GCAACCUCGCCUUUGCCACGCUGCAGAUCAUGUUGUCUACUGCGACUUCCAGUAACCUCAACAACGCUGCCUCUAGUGCCAAGCCUGAGGUAGACUCUACUGCUAAUAGUGAGAUUCAGUCAGAAACCUCACCUGUCUCAACAUCGCAGACCACUCCAUUAGCCAGUGAUGGAGAACCUGAACAAAAUGAAAAUAUUAUAACUGAAGCUAUGAAGCAAGAGGAGGAGGAACUUGCCAAAGCAACUGAGGAAGAAGAACAGUCUGUCCUAGCAAAGGCCAAGCAAGAAUUUGACGCUAACGUCCGGGAUAACCGUCUCAAAAGUCUUCACUUCUUGCUCGAGCAGUCAUCUGCUUAUGCCACUAUAUUGGGGCAGAGAAUGGAAAAGCAAAAGGAGGAGGCCAAAGAAAGAGCUUCCAAGACAAACGCGAAACCAGAUAAAGAGCCAGUACAACCCACCUUAGAGCAAUCAACUAAUGCUAGAACAACUAGAAGCGGUGAAAAGGCUGUUACCGCCGCACCCACCAAGACUCGUAAAGGCGCGAAUACAGACGCCAAAAAACGAAAGGCAAAGGAAGAUGGGUAUAAUCUGGAAGACUAUAUUGAUACUGAAGACCUCAAGCGAAGAAAAGUCGGAGAGAAGAACAUUGAUGAAGCCAUCCAAGAAGACCAUAAAGCUGCCAAGGAUGCUGAUGAGCAACGAACAAAGCCAUCCGCCUCUGCCCAACAGCCGGCUCUGGUCACUGGAGGUAUUUUGCGCGACUAUCAAUUGGCAGGUGUAGAGUGGUUGAUUACGUUGUGGGAGAACGGAUUGAAUGGAAUUCUAGCAGAUGAAAUGGGUUUAGGAAAGACUCUCCAAACGAUUGCAUUCAUCGCACAUCUUAAAGCUAUGAAUGUCGCUGGACCCUACCUUAUUUGCACACCUCUUUCCACCUUGGCUAAUUGGGUACAAGAGUUCCACAGAUUCACUCCUGGUAUCAAUGUACUUUUGUAUCACGGUACCAAAGAAGAAAGAUUGCAUAUGAUUAAUCGAAAGCUUCAACCAAAGAAGCAAAUGCAGCAAGACUUUCCAAUUGUCGUCACCAGCUACGAAAUUGUCAUGAAUGAUCGCAAAUUUCUGCAAAAGUAUUCCUGGAAGUACAUUGUUGUCGAUGAAGGUCACAGAAUCAAGAACCUGAACUGCAGGUUGAUUCAUGAAUUGAAGAGCUUCAAGAGCGCCAACCGCUUGCUUCUAACCGGAACACCACUGCAAAAUAGUUUGGCGGAGUUGUGGAGUCUACUUAAUUUCUUACUACCUGAGAUUUUUAACGAUUUGGAUACCUUCCAAUCAUGGUUCGAUUUCUCGGACAUGAGCAAACAAAGUGGACGCGACAGAAUCAUGAAAGAAGAAGAAGAAGAUAAAGUAGUGACCAAACUUCACAUGAUCUUAAGACCAUUCCUGCUUCGACGUCUAAAAAUUGAUGUGGAAAAAUCUCUGCCCAGGAAGAAGGAAUAUUUAUUGUACGCUCCGCUUACAAAGCCACAAAAAGAACUGUAUGAUGCCAUCAUCCGUCGCGAUUUGCGUAAACAUCUUGUGGCGCAAAUGACCGAUACAAGUGUCAAUAACAAGGAGGAAGAAUCGGAAAUGUUGGAUGAAACGAAUGGACCAAGGCGAUCCAGGAGAGGAAACCAAACUACAAGCUACAAAGAUGUUGGAGAUAGAGAUUUCUUUAGUGGGAAAGAAAACAAGCAAGGCGAAUCAGUGGUUGACAACGCAACACUUGGCAAGAAGCAUGAGCUAUCCACCGUCCUUAAGCAAGUCAACGGUUUGCACUUGCAGAACAUUGUUAUGCAAUUGCGUAAAGUGUGCAAUCAUCCAUUCCUGUUCGACUGGCCCAUCGACCGAGCUACCAACCAACCUGUUCUGAGCGAUGAACUUGCUGCUCAAUCUGGAAAGGUGCUUUUGCUGGACCGAUUAUUGACAGCUCUCUUUGAGCGCGAUCACAAGGUGCUGGUGUUCUCACAAAUGACCAAAAUGCUGGACAUCUUGGAAGAUUGGGCAACCGAACUCAAGGGUUGGCCAAUUUGUCGAUUGGACGGAAGCGUUUCUCAGGAAGAACGUCGUCAACAGAUCGCCCACUUUAAUGACCCCGAAAGCAAUGUUCGUCUCUUCUUACUGUCGACUCGCGCAGGUGGUUUGGGAAUCAACCUCACUGCUGCCGAUACUGUUGUCAUCUUUGACAGCGACUGGAAUCCUCAAAUGGAUCUUCAAGCACAAGACAGAGUGCAUCGUAUCGGACAGACUAAACCUGUACUUAUCUAUAGAUUUGUGGCUGCUAACACUGUUGAAGCCAAGAUAUUAGAACGUGCAACUGCAAAGAGACGUCUUGAAAAGCUCGUGAUUCACAGCAGCAAAUUCAGAGCACCCGUGGCCUCCUUGACACCUUCCGAGAAGAGGGAACGUGAAACAUCAUUACGAGAACUGGCUGAUAUUUUAGCAUCUGAAGACGGCGAACAAGUGCAAAUUGUCGCUCAAGGGGAUAAGGUCAUUUCUGAUGAAGAUCUCGAGAAACUCUUGGAUCGUAGGGAAAGCGUCUUCCACGGUGAGAGCUCAACUGAGACUGGCCAAUUUAGAGAAAUUGAUACAAGCGAAUCACGCGAUACCAAGAACGAGAUACUAGCCACAAGGGUGUAAUAGUCCGUAUCAUUCUAUGUUUCUCGAUCAUUUCUUUUUAUUCGUCCAUUGAUUAUUUGCUGCAUUUUCCAUCAUAACAAGUUUUUUCUUUUCUUUGCCCCCAAUUUAACUCAUACAAACAACGAAGAAUGAAUAAAGAGUGCUUUAUAUCUAUUUACACCUAU